AUGUAUCUUCCAGGAUUGAAGGAAAAUCUGCUGAGUGUUGGGCAUAUGGAUGAGCAUGGAUACUUCUUGGUGUUUGGAGAAGGCAUGUGUAAAGUGUUUGAUGACUUUUCAAUGAACUGUCUCAUCAUCAAGACAUAUGAAAGGAGUCCACUAUCUUCUCAAGCACCAUCACAACACAUCCCAAGUGACAUAAGCAGUGAAGAAAGGAACACUCAAGCUUAUGAUCACUCCCCAUUGAAAUGGAGAAGACUAGAUGAUGUGCUUGCACAGUGCAAUCUAUGUAUCAUUAAACCAGAGAAAUAUGCAGAGUAG